CAGAACAUUGUAUCUAUUGUUUAAUAUUAAUUAUUUUUUAUCUCAGUUUAGGAUGGGGAUUUGUUCCAAAUAUCCCUGAUAAGCGGAAUGAGUUUGUGGCUGAACCUACAGAUAUCCUUCUCAGUUUGGUUGGAACUACAUCUAUUGGAUUCAAUCUGUUUCUGGGCGGAGCUAUGGCAAUGGGUAAAGAGUUGAAAUCUGCUCAGCGUGGAAUUGGAUUCUCUACUGCAACAGCCUUCAUCGUAUCCGUUCUUAUUCUUAUUGUGGGAACUGGCAAGUAUGAAGACGAGGACAACAGUGGGUUCUCUAUUGGAUCCAUCGCGGAGGCAAUAGGCGAGUUCUUUGGACAAGUUGGGGUCAUUGUCUUUUCCGUGGGAUUUAUUGCAGCCGCCGUUAGUUCUAUGUUGACCGUCCCUCUCGGAGCUGCCUUGACAGCUGACAGCGUGUUCUCCGAGAUGAAGGAAGAGGUGGAGGAGAAAACUCAGAAGAAAGAAAUUGUUUCAGGAAUUGAUAAUCCAACCUUCCAGGAAGAGAAUGGGAUAGAUGGUACUAAGGUUGCUGUGAUUGAUGUUCCUGCAGAACCAAGAAAAAUGCCAAGAUGGAUUUAUCUUGGAAUAAUGUUCCUCAUGGUCACAAUAUCUACUGUAGUUAUCAGUGCAAACGCGGACAGAGCAGUAGUAAUCCUAAUAGCUCAAGUAUUUAACGGUUGUUUACUUCCAUUCUUCUCCAUCUGCCUCCUGGUUUGUAUCAAUGACAAGAACUUCAUGGCCUCCUCACCACAAACUGGUUGGUCCAACGUUGCUCUCAUCAUCUCCGUAGGUAUCACCCUCUUCCUCGCCUCAAACGUUCUCAUACAGAAGAUAGUCGGAACGUUCAUCAGCGUGGUUUACAUCAAACUAAUAAUUGCCGCGUGUAUAGCAGUCGCCAUUUUAAUCAUUCUCUUUAUAUUCACCUCUCUUGGCAGAGAUAUCCUCAGAUCAUUUAGACUGAACUGUUGGAGUUCGAACAGUACAGUUAAAUCAGAGCUGGAACUUUAGAAUGGGAUUUCCUUAAUCCAGAUCGGUUAAUUAAUCUGGUGAUUAAUAACAAGAAGAGAACAAGCAUUAUUUAAUCUGAGCUGGGAACUUU